UUUAGGCUGAACAACAGUGACAGGACAAAAACAACCCGUUAUCAUUCCACUUGCGACGGAUAUAAAGGGACACCGAUCGCGCUGAAAGGAUCAGUACACUGCUUGAAAAUGGUAUGGACAAGACCACCGAACCCGCCCAUUCCUACAGUUUGGCAUACCUUCAAGGCGAAGGAUGUCGACAGUGAUCGUCUGGUUACAUAUCGCGUUCAGGAUCUGACCGAGGAUCGGUACGAGGACAUGAUUCAACAUUUUUUGAACCACUUUAUAGAGGAAGAACCGUUUUCCGUGAGCAAAGGAGCUUCGUCGAAUGCAACACUACGAGAAGGAAUGAUUCAACUCUGGAGAAAUGGGUUUGAGGAAAAGAUGACUCUCGUUUGCUACCGGGAAGGAUCGGAUGAAAUUGUUGGAGCAAACAUUGUGCUCGUGAAAAGCUUGGAUGAAGUUUAUGAUGGCGAAACUAUACCGUGUGAGGAACAAGGCAAUUUUCGGGCAAUUCUUGAGUAUGUAUCGGAGCAGUUUGACGUACAUAAACACUACGGUGUAGAUCACCGGAUGAUCGCGUACGGUCUGACCGUGAACAAGCGCUACCGUGGUCGGGGAAUUGCCACGGAGAUUCUGAAGGCACGAGUUCCGAUGUGUAAGGCGUUCGGGAUUAAGCUGGCGGCGCAUCCGUUCUCCGCAAUCGGAUCACAGAAAGCAGCCAUCAAUGCGGGAUACAGGACAGACUAUGAGAUAACAUUUGACGAGCUUGCCGCGUUGGGACCAAAAUACGCAUUGCCCGGAAUACAGUCGAAGAGUUUGAAGCUAAUGAGUUAUUCGAUCGAAUGAUUGAUGAAGGGAAAGGUUGCUCAACACUUAAAAUUAAAAAAAAAGUUUGGAAUCCAUUCUAGACUGUGAAGUAAUGAUUUACUGCUUAAAAUUUGUGCAAUAUAUAAUCUCAGUACUCAACAUUAAA